AUGCACACAGCCAGCAAUGUUUCCCAGUUGCCACAAGGAAUGCGGACAGAGGAGUUUGGCUUGCACCCGAGCAGUCCGGAGUGGUACACCUGCACGAAGAUGAUGAUCCGCAACGUCCCCGCUCGCUGCACGGAGCCCGAGAUGUAUGCGUAUCUGAGAACCAAAACGCCAAGCAACUUUGUCCUCCAGAUGCCAAAGACCAACGCAUCCAAGUGCAAGGGGUAUGCUUUUGUUCUGGCGACGAGUCCUCACGAAGUCGCCGAGUUGGCGAAAGCUUUGUGGCAACAGCGCGUCCCAGGCAGGAUGAGCAAUCGCCCAUUGAAGAUCCACCCUGCGGAGCAUGCGGAGCCCACGGUGCCCACGGUGGGCGGUGCAAACACCAGCCCGCUGCCCGUCUACUUCGCACAGGCCAGAUGCGGAGGGCCCGUUGUGAACUUCACCAAGCGAGAAAAGGAUGCAGAGCUCGACCUUCUCCCGCUCUCGAAAUUCUGGUGUGCCCUGGCGGUGCCUCCUCCACCAGGGUUGGAGCACCUCCAGCUUGAGUUGCUCGAUGCAUUUGCGACUUCGAAGACCCCAGAGGCGGGCAUGCGACGCCUUGAAGCAUCCAGUUGGUGGACAGAGGAGUUUGGCUUGCACCCGAGCAGUCCGGAGUGGUACACCUGCACGAAGAUGAUGAUCCGCAACGUCCCCGCUCGCUGCACGGAGCCAGAGAUGUAUGCGUAUCUGAGAACCAAAACGCCAAGCAACUUUGUCCUCCAGAUGCCAAAGACCAGUACAUCCAAGUGCAAGGGGUACGCUUUUGUUCUGGCGACGAGUCCUCACGAAAUCGCCGAGUUGGCGAAAGCUUUGUGGCAACAGCGCGUCCCAAGCAGGAUGAGCAAUCGCCCCUUGAAGAUCCACCCUGCGGAGCAUGCGGAGCCCACGGUGCCCACGGUGGGCGGUGCACACACCAGCCCGCUGCCCGUCUACUUCGCAUAG